AAAAAUGUCAACCGACCAAAACCCCAACAGAAUUCCCAAAAACCUAGACAUCGUCAUAGAAGACUCUGCUGAAAUCUCUGAUGACCGAGAUGAGAAAUAUAAGGCAGGAAUUAUAGAGAAUGAGGAAGGGCAGGAAUCUGUGGAGGAGCAGCCGAUUGGAGAGCUCACGCCAUGAUCGAUGCUUAGCGAGGUGGAGUAUGAGUAUAGGGGUAAGAGUAAGACGGAUGAGGAGAUUGGAGAUGGAGAGAGUAGAUUUUUAGAGGUGGAUAGUGAUGCUGGUAAGAAGAGAGAGGGUAGAAAGAUAGGGAAAUUUGGUAAAUUAGCAGUGAAUAAGAGUGCUAGUUACAUCAGGACUCCUUAUAAUUGAGAAAAAUUACAAAGUACAUGGGAGGACAGAGCUAGGGAUAAUAUUCUUUGUCAGAAGCAAGGCAAAACUGAGAGAAAUAAAUCACUCAAUUCCAAAAAGCAAGCGUUCAAUUAUUGAGUAGAAACACCUGAAAUCGCUCAGAAAACUUCCUGAACUUCAACAAAAUUGAAUAAUUCAGAAAAAUCCAAAACCUCCGAAAAUAUUGAUAAAAGCCUUAAAACCACUUCAAUACCAUCCUUCAACUCUAAAGGCCUCUCAGAAUCCCCUGACCCCUUCUUUACCUCCUCUGCCCUCUCAAACUCCUUCUCCACCACCUCCAGUGCAUCCCCUUAUCCUGAACCAACCCCUUGCCCCAAUUGCUCCCAUCUCAGAUCCCUCAACCAAACCCUUCGCUCCCAAAACGCUGAUCUACACCAAACCAUCACCCAACUCCUCGAAGACACCCAAAACCUAAAAUCCUUCCUUUCCUCAAACUACACCCACACCCAAGUCCAAACAGACCCUAUCCCCCCUCCAAAACCCCUUCUAGACCCUUCCCAAUCACUCAACCCCACCAAUCCUACGUACAAAAGUUUAACAGAGGAAGAACUUCAGCAGUGUCAAGGCCAAAUUAAAAUUUUGAAGAAUAAGGAACAAAAAUUUAUUGAGGAAAUUUGUGUGCUGAAGGAGGAGAUUGAGAAGAUGAGGAAGGAGAGGGCUGGGGUGGAGAGAGUGGAGAGUCUUGAGAGAAGAGUGCAGGAGUAUAAGGAGAGGUUAGAGAAGCAACAGCAGGUGGGUGAGAAGAGGAUUGAAGUGCAGAAUCAGCAAGAUUCUGAACUUUUGGUGAAGAGGUAUAAAGACCAACAGGAAGUUAUUAGGAGGUUAGAGAAGGAAAAAGAUGAUGCUAUAACUAAGAAUUCUUACCUUGUGGACCAUCUUAAGAAUAUUAGGAACAAGUUCAGUGGGAAUAACAAGGACAACUCUUUGUUGAAUAUUGAAAAACAGACUCCGAAGUUUAACAAAAGUGCGAUUAAUUUUGAUAUAAAACACCUGAAAACACCUGAGAAAGAUAUUAAGAUCCUAAAAGAUGGAAAAGCCAAGAGUCCACUCUUGAAUAAGUCUACGAAAAUACCUUCAGAGCAGAAGAGCAUCUUUGCAAGAGUAUUGUUCAAUAAAUUUGAUGCACACAAAAAUUCCUCUAAGAAGAACAUUCCAGCUGCCCCAAGGAGUCCUCCUCCAUGUCUCAACCCAUUGAUGUGCUUAGAAAGCAAAUUCAGCACACUGGAGGAACCUUCUAAAAACUCUGAUGAGAUGGAACAUAGAGCAAAGAAAAAUAUUUUAAUUGUAUCUAAGCGGUCUCCAUCUAAUCGAGAGAUAGAUUACGAACAAGAUUCGAAGUACUACAGUGACAAGUAUGUCUCUCCAUAUCAAAAAUAUCAUCAGAAGAUUGAAAACAAGGAGCAGCAGAAAUCAAGUAGAGUCACUAGCGAUCUUAAAGACUCCUACCAAUUGCACAACUACAAUGAUAAUUUCAAGUUAGAUAUUAAAGAAAAAGACAGAACAACUACACCAAGGGAUAAGGAGUUCAGCGAGAUCUCUACUAUUGAACUUCCUGACCAUCAUUCUUCAAUUCCUCAAGAGGCUCAACAACUUGAGCAAAGUUUUGUGGAGAGCAAUAACAUUCAUGAUAUUGAUCUUUCCAGGGAUUCUGAAUUUAGUGAAGCUUAUAACGACCCAAAGAAUAAGGGUAAAGAUCCACAUAGGAAGUACAGUGCUAGGACAAAUUAUCGAUCUCAAGAUACACGCAAGGAUAGCCUCCAAAACUUCGAAAAAGACUCUGAUGAAGCUCCUCUUGACUUCAACAUUUCAGCACUAGAAAGAUUGACAAAUAUCAAGAAUAGUGUUUAUAAACAAAAUAUUAAAAUCAAGGGAUCUAAAGAAGUCUUGCUGUCUCCUGACUACGAUGAGAAGGCAAACUCUCAUUCUUCCUCUCUAUAUCAGGAUACUAAAAGUUCAGCUGUAAGGAAAGAACUGACUCAACAAUUAAACGAGCAACGAGAAAAAUUACAACUUGCAAAGAACUACAGUUCGGUGAAUCACACCACUAACAAAGAUUUGAAUGAGGAUAAUUACACAUACGUAAAGCCAAGAUAUCAGAUAGUGUCCAAAACAAAGCCUGUGAAGGUCAUGGCUAGCAUCUAUGAUGCUCCUGCCAAGCAAGCAAUGGUUGACCAGAAGAAAGCCACACAGAAGAAGGAUAAGCCAAAGGCCUAUCGGAAUGUCUGUGGUAGUGUCUCUGGAAGGACCAGGGCUCUAAAAUACUCCACUCCUAACCGUCACAAUAACAAAAAGAAGCAAUUCUCUACCAAAGAAUCAGUUGAAAGUAAUUACUCUAGAAGAACACGGGAGGAUAGGAACCUUGAAAGAGAAGACAUAGGCUCUACUUACAAAAGAUAUCAACUAGGAGGCAACAACUUCAAGAAUACAGAGUUCAUCUAUUUUGAUGAGGAGAAUGGCACUGUAGUUCAGAACAAAAUCCCAGAGAAGGAAAUACCUAUCGAUGUGCUAAAUAGAUUCAAAAGACAGAAGUAAAUAAAAUUUAUUCAUUAAUUUUCAAUAUUAAGC